UUUAUAUUUCGUAGCUUUAUUUUUUUUCUGCUAAGUCAUCGUCGGUGAUAUCAGACGAGAUAAAACGAGAUCUGCCAUCUUGGAUUAAGCACUCAGCACUUUGCCGUCACACCAGAAUAGUAAGAUAUCUGAUCAGGAUGGGCGACAAAGGAAGUGAUUAUUUGGCUACAGCUAUCUUGAGGGAUAAAGAACGUCCUAACAGACUCAUUGUAGAAGAGGCUGCUAAUGAAGACAAUUCGGUUGUUUGCCUUUCACAGGCAAAAAUGGAUGAAUUGCAGUUAUUUCGUGGUGAUACUGUCCUUUUGAAGGGUAAACGUCGCCGAGAGACUGUUGUCAUUGUUUUAUCUGAUGAUUCAGCAUCUGAUAAUAAAAUCCGAAUUAAUAGGUGUGUGCGCAGCAACCUCAGAGUUCGCCUCGGAGACAUAGUUAGUGUCCAGUCUUGUCAGGAUGUGAAGUAUGGUCGGAGGAUACAUGUCCUUCCAAUUGAUGACACUGUUGAAGGAAUUACAGGAAAUUUAUUUGAAGUUUAUCUGAAACCUUACUUUUUGGAAGCUUAUCGUCCUGUUCGCAAAGGAGACAUCUUUCUUGUUCGAGGUACAAUGAGAGCUGUUGAAUUUAAAGUUAUUGAAACUGACCCCAGUCCAUAUUGUAUUGUGGCACCUGACACCAUCAUCCAUUGUGAGGGAAAACCUGUAAAGAGAGAGGAUGAAGAAGAAGCUCUUAAUGAAGUUGGUUAUGAUGACAUUGGUGGUUGUAGGAAACAAUUGGCUGCCAUUAAAGAGAUGGUUGAACUUCCACUCAGACAUCCACAGUUGUUCAAAGCAAUUGGUGUGAAGCCACCAAGAGGAAUCCUCAUGUAUGGUCCACCAGGAACAGGCAAGACUUUAAUUGCUAGAGCCGUUGCCAAUGAAACAGGAGCCUUUUUCUUCCUGAUUAAUGGUCCAGAGGUAAUGAGCAAACUGGCUGGUGAAUCAGAGAGUAAUCUGAGGAAGGCUUUUGAACAAGCAGAAAAGAAUGCUCCUGCCAUAAUCUUUAUUGAUGAGAUUGAUGCUAUUGCUCCUAAAAGAGAGAAGACUCAUGGAGAAGUUGAAAGACGUAUAGUUUCUCAACUGCUGACUCUGAUGGAUGGCCUAAAACAACGUGCUCAUGUUGUUGUCAUGGCUGCCACCAAUCGACCGAACAGUAUUGAUCCAGCUCUCAGACGUUUUGGUCGUUUUGAUAAGGAAGUUGACAUCAAUGUUCCUGAUGCCACUGGUCGUCUUGAAAUUUUGCGUAUCCAUACAAAGAAUAUGAAGUUGGCAGAUAAUGUUGACUUGGAACAGAUUGCCCAAGAAACUCAUGGUCAUGUUGGUGCUGACUUGGCAUCUCUUUGCUCUGAGGCAGCUCUUCAGCAGAUUCGGGAGAAGAUGGAUCUUAUUGACUUGGAAGACGAUUCGAUAGAUGCAGAAGUGCUUGAUUCUCUGGCAGUUACAAUGGAAGACUUCAGGUGGGCUCUUGGAAAGAGUAAUCCUAGUGCUCUUAGAGAAACUUCAAUUGAGGUUCCUUCUGUCACUUGGGAUGAUAUUGGUGGUCUUGAUGAUGUUAAGAGAGAACUCCAAGAACUUGUUCAGUAUCCUGUUGAGCACCCUGAGAAAUUCCUCAAGUUUGGCCUGACUCCAUCUAAGGGAGUUUUGUUUUAUGGGCCACCUGGAUGUGGUAAAACCCUAUUGGCAAAAGCAAUUGCUAAUGAAUGCCAGGCCAAUUUUAUUUCUAUUAAAGGCCCUGAAUUGCUUACCAUGUGGUUUGGAGAGUCUGAAGCAAAUGUCAGAGAUAUCUUUGAUAAGGCUCGUUCUGCUGCACCAUGUAUCUUAUUCUUCGAUGAAUUGGAUUCAAUAGCUAAAUCUCGUGGUGGAAGUGUUGGUGAUGGUGGUGGUGCUUCGGAUAGAGUUAUUAACCAGAUGCUAACAGAAAUGGAUGGAAUGAAUGCAAAGAAAAAUGUAUUUAUCAUAGGAGCUACUAAUAGACCAGAAAUAAUUGAUGCUGCCAUUCUUCGACCAGGCCGUCUUGAUCAGUUGAUAUAUAUUCCAUUGCCUGAUGGAAAAUCUCGGUCUCAAAUUCUAAAAGCUAAUCUACGAAAAUCUCCUGUUGCUAGAGAUGUCGAUCUAGAAUGUCUUGCUGUAAAUACAAAAGGUUUCAGCGGUGCAGAUUUGAUGGAAAUUUGCCAACGUGCUUGCAAAUUAGCAAUUAAAGAGUCAAUUGAAGCUGAGAUUCGAUUAGAGAGAGAACGCAGUCAAAGUGCAGAUGCAAACAUGGAAGUUGAUGUUGACCCUGUCCCAGAGAUCCGUAAAGACCAUUUUGAGAGAGCUAUGGAGCCAGCUCGUCGUUCAGUAUCUGAUAAUGACAUUAGAAAAUAUGAAAUGUUCGCUCAGAAUUUCCAAAGGAGUAGAGGUUUUGGAAAUUUCAGGUUUCCUGGUAGCAGUUCAACAGGUGGAAAUAAUCAACCAUCCGGAACAGGUGGUAGUACUCCUAAUACAUUUGCUGAUGAUGGUGAAGAUGAUCUCUACAGUUAGAUUGUUACUUCCAGCAAAGUCUUUUAUCACCCCAAACAAUUUAUAAACAAAAAAAAAUUUUUUUUUUCCUCCUCUGUCAACCACUUUCAACAUGUCUGCUGUUGAAUUUGUUAGUUUCACAUUCCCUUCUCUCAAUAAUUUGCCAUUUCACUUAUCAGUUAAAAUGUAGAGCUAUUCAAGUAUGUUACUUCAUGGCCAUUUCAGAAUUGCAUAGUUAAAAGUGGAAAAAAAAACAAAAAAACAAAAAACAAAAUGUCUCUAAUAUCCAAAUUUUCAUACUUUUUUUUUCUUUAUUUUUUACAUGUUUCCCAUUGAAGUUUUUACUUGAAAAUUUUCUCAUUUCCCUCUCAUUUUAUUGAUAAAUGGGAGGAGAUCUUAUAUUCCAAGAAAACACCUAUUCGUAAAGAGAAAAAUUUAUAAAUGCCUACCUACUUUCUCCUCUCCCUGCCACUGAAAAAAAUUUAGAAAAAAAACAAACCAAAAAUGUGAACUAAAUAUUACAGAAAACAUAAUUUAAAAAUGGACAAGACAUGGACAAUUUUAUUCAGACAACAAGGCUAAAAUGACAAAGGUAUAUGACAAAAGACGGUUCAAAGCACUGAGAUGUUUAAAUCGAAUGUUAUUGCUAUAAUAAAAUACCUAUUUAAAAAAGAAAAAAAAAA